UUUGUCAGGGAAAUGCGGGGUUUGCAUGAAUAAUGGUGGUCGUGAUAUUCUGAAAAGAUGUUUCAAGGUCCUGCGUUCGUAGAAUACCUUUACACAUGCAAGAAGACGAUAAAACCCUGUGCAUCAGACCGUGAUAAAUCAUUAUUUUUUAAUCAUGGUCUGUCGUUUCAUAAUUUCCUAUUGUCAUACCCAUGCCCUAUAUUACAGACUGAGAACCCUCUAUAGCUAUGUGUAUCAUCGAACCAUGAUUCGCUCGUGUACCAGCCUUCAAUAAAGUAACUUAAAAACGACAAUUCAACAUUUCCGAACGAAGACGUCGGCACUUGGUAGCUAGAGCAGAGGUAUAGAUCAUGGAUUGUGGGCUACUUUGCUAGCAUGUUAUUGUAUAGUUGACAGAUAUUGAUGUCGAUUCCGUCAAUUAUUGAUAUAUCGCUGAUCAGCCCAACAAAAUGAAAUCGGUGCCACUAUUGCAUCUCGCGUUGGUAAUCCUCCUGCGAAUCGACAUUCAAGUUUCGUCAUCAAUCCACCAUCAUCAUGAAGAGGAAGAAGAUAUCAUUGUUCAUGAUGGAGAAAGUACGGUUGUCAUAGAUACAAGAUUGGAGGAUGGGGUCUUCUCUACUGGAAGACAGACUGUAAGAACAUCAGCAACCCUUCAAAAACUUAAAUGGGACCCUAAUGGAUACAUAACAUUUUGUCCAUGCAUGGGAAGGUUUGGUAAUCAGGUUGAACAGUAUAUUGGAUCACUGGUAUACGGCAAAGCUAUGGAUAGAACGAUAAUACUGCCACCUUUCCUCACUAAACAUGGGCCUGUCCCGUUCAGUAACUGGUUCCAAGUGGAACACAUUCGGGAUUUCUAUCCUCGUAUCAUCACAAUGGAAAGGUUCAUGUCAGAACUGGCGCCAAUCUACUGGCCGGAAAAUAGAAGGGUCGGUUACUGCUGCAGUUUCCCUGGAAUGAAAACUUGCGGAUUGAUAACCAGUGAACACAUAUCUGUCGGAUUGUGGAAUGUCUAUAACAUCACUUUUGUAGAUGAAUAUGCACUGCAUUGUAAUAAGGAUCAUGCCGAUAUCACAGAUGAAAACAACAUGGGCGCUGUCAGGAAUUGGGGUGUAAGAAAUUUACCAUCAGACGAUCACCCAGUUGUGAUGAUGACAUGGCCACUGGCUCCCUUCCCUAUGUUAGCAGGCAAUCGUAUCAUACAGAGAUAUUUCAAGUGGAACUUAACAAUAUUUGGCAUGGCACUACAUCACAUGGAUCACCUUUUCCAUGGUGAACCAUUUAUAGGUAUUCAUCUUAGAACAGGCCAAGAUUGGGAGAUAGGAUGCAAGAAAGUAGAAGGGAUGGGUAUCGGAAUGGCAUCAUCCCAGUGCCGUGACAUCACAAAGGACCCGGUUACCAUGGCAAUGUGUUAUCCUACCAAAGAGCUGAUACUUGAAGAAACCAGAGCGGCCGUGGAGAAGUUCAAGACGAGGCAUGUCUUCAUCGCUACUGAUAAACUAUCCUAUCAGAAGGAACUACAAAAACUCUUUGGAGAUGAGGUCAAAGUUCAUCAUCUUGAUCCUGACAUACCCCAGAUUGACCUCAUUAUUCUUGGCCAAUCAGAUUUCUUCAUUGGUAAUUGUGUCUCAUCUUUUACAUCAUUUGUCAAGAGGGACAGAGACGCCAACGGCAAACCUUCAUCCUUCUGGAGUUUUGGUCUUCAAGAAAUAUAACGGAUUGUAUUCAUAGACUGCCUAUGACAGACUUAUCAUUGAUCAUGGACUUUGGAUGAUGUUCAGUUUUUAUAGGGAUGACUUAACUUGUCAAAAAUUGACAAAUUUGCUUCUUAUGAAAUGAGAGGUACAGUUGUGCUCAACGGUCUGUGAGCCCCACCACAAAAUGCACUCCUUCAUGCCGAUUGUUGACAACACUUUGAUUUUUGAUGAGCCCAAAGAAACAAACUUAAUUGAAUGUAAUAAGCAUGGCCAACUUGAACACUUAAAAUGCUAGAUCAAAAAGAAAAACCACACGCGAAUCAUUUGAUUGCGCAGGGCCCUCUCCAUCCAGAUUGUGUCAAUCUGGGUACGGACUCGCGUUACAUCCUUUUUUAUUGUUGCUGUGAGCCCUGUACUUGUACCCAGGGUAACUUUCUUUUUUUCCCCCUUUUCUUGAGUCUUGAUUCUAUGUUUGAUUCUAAUGUGUUGUAAUCUUCAACAACUAUAUAGCUGUAUUUUACUAUUUUGUAUUACGUGGAUGCUCUUUCUGUAAACUCUCAUGGAUUGGAAAGGAAGACCUUUGGGUUAUAGUUAUUAAGUUAAUCUUUUUCUUUUCCAAGCAUCCAUGUAACACUCCUCAUUGUAUUGUUUGUAUAUUUUGUUUAUAUGUUUGAUCAUGCAGAAUAAAAUAAUAAUAAUAAAAUAUCUUAAUUUUUCUGGUGGGGUUCACAAUUACUUCUGAGCACCACUGUAUACCAUCUCUCUUGUGUGUAUAGUCAGCAAUACCUGAAUUUGUAAGGACAAAUUGGAAGUUAUCAACCAUCAAACUAGGUUAAAGGUAUUGUUUAACUUUGUGAGCAGCCAAUUUAAAAAAUUCUCAAACCAAGAUGAAACA